ACCGACGUUCAUCCGAUAGAUCGUACAACCCAAGCCGAAAUCAUGUUCAGGUUACUGAUACCGUGCCUGAUAUGGCUGUCGAGCGUUCGCUCCGAAACCGCAGUGAACAUGCACAUGCACAUGCCGGACGGCAUGGUGGAGGACAAAAUGACUAUGAAAAGGGAGUCGUAUUAUAAUCCGUGUCCUCCGACUUUUGCGCAUCCCAUCUCGUAUUCGCCUCCGCCGCAGAUUUACGUGAAACCGUACGUGGAACCAGCGCCUGUUCAUUACAUUCCGAAACCGAUGAUCACCUACGUAAAACCAUCUCCACCCCCGAUCAUCGUGAAGCCAUCACCUCCGGUAAUCGUGAAACAAGCAGCACCGGUAAUCGUGAAGCCGGUGGUUCAGCCGGUGGUUCAGCCGAAAGUGGUGUACCCGAUUUAUCAGAAACCGAUGGUGUCGUACGCGCCGAUCUAUCAAAAACCGAUCUAUUACGCGCCCAUGUAUCAGAAAUUGCUGUACCAGGCACCGAAAGUUUACCUGAAGAAGUACGAACUGCCGGUCACUCAAGUGAUUCACAAGCCUCAAAUUUCCUAUCCAGUUCAGUAUCAUCAGUCGAAAGUGGUGCAGGUACAGGCACCGCAGGUUAGCUACGUGAAACUCGCCCAGCCCAUCGUUCACCCCCAGCCUAUUUAUCAAACGCCCAUAAAACCGUAUUGCCCUUAA